UUUAUGGUUUUCAUUGAUUUUAUUUUCGUUGGAAGAGCGAGCCAAGUCAGCGUCCACAAAAACGAAGGGGAAAUGGUCCAGUCCUGAGAAGCCAUGACCAGUAAAAUAAAAUCUUUGUAGUUUGUACUCGGGAUCGUCUACAUCGAAAUCUUUAGAUUCAACAAUGCGUGCAACGGACAACCAAGGUUCUUUUCUGAACCGAAUCAGUAUCCGCCGGAACCAGGUGGUUUCCAUGGAUGGAAAUCACGAGCAGGAGCUCCAGGACCUUGAGCUCUUCCAGAAACAGGUGGCAGACCGCUUCUCCGAUCUCCUUUCAUCCAGCUCCGAGGACGGCGCCGAUGCCCUCCUCUCCGUCUCCUGGCUCCGCAAGCUCGUUGACGUGUUCCUUUGCUGCGAAGCUGAUUUCAAGGCCGUUCUGGUAGUGGGCCGAGACCCUUCACAGAUUUCCAAGCCCCCACUCGACCGGCUCGUCCCGGAGUACCUCGACCGCGUCGUGAAGGCGCUUGAUGUUUGCAAUGCAGUCUCGCACGGGGUAGAAGCGGUUAGACACUACCAGAAGCUGGCGGAGAUCGCGGUUUCGGCUUUCGAACAGAGACCCAUCUUCGAUGGACAGGUCCGCCGUGCGAAGAAGGCCCUGAAUUCUCUGAUGCUGACUCUCGAGGAACAAGAGGGUAGCAACCUCAAGUCUGCGGAGCGAACCUGGUCUUUCGGGCGUAGGGGUGCCACCAUCAAGGACCGAGCCCUGCCCGGACAAAUUCAGUCCUUGUCGUGGAACAUGGCGAUCGGAUGGUCGGCCGCGAAGCAAAUCCAGGCCAUGUCGGCGAAUCUGGUGAUGCCGCGUGGGGCGGAAUCGUCCGGUCUGGCCUCGCCUGUCUACAUAAUGAGCACGGUCAUGGUGUUUGUGAUGUGGGCUUUGGUAGCGGCGAUACCGUGCCAGGAGAGGAACGGCUUGCCAACCUAUUUCCCCUGGCCGCGGCAACAGGGCUGGGCCCAAUCUAUGGUGGCGCUGCAAGAAAAGAUUUCGGAGGAGUGGAAGAAGAAGAGGGAGAAACCCCGCUUGGCCGGGCUACUGGAAGAGACGCAGAGAUUGGAGAGGUUGGGGCAGUCUCUGAUCGAAUUCGCCGAGUCAUUUCAGUUCCCGACGGAGGCUGAGGGCUUGGAGGAGGUGGUGGCGCAGGUGGCUGAAUUAGCCGAAACUUGCAAGAAGAUGGAGGAGGGGUUGGUGCCUUUGCAGCAACAAAUCAGAGAGGUGUUUCAUACGCUUGUGAGGAGCAGGACAGAGAUUCUCCAUGUGCUAGACCAAGUUGGGAAAGUGUCUGCACCCCCAAUGUAAAUCUGGCACACAAUAGAGAGGGGUACUGAUCGAUCCAGGCUCCUGAAGUUAGAAACUUUUUAGGUAAUUUUGUUGAUCCCAGGUUCAACUUGGUCACGGCAGAUUAUCAUCUAUGGUGUUCUUGGCCUAUGAACAGAGGAAAGUUUGAACCUGUGAUCAUUGAUUUGGAUCUGUACAGGAGUCUUUUUUGGAAUUGUAGCUUCAGCCACUGAGAUUGCGCUGAAGUAUGCAUUGCUGAGUUCGAAAUCUUACAGAAACUUCUUUGGUUGAAGAGAAAUGUACAUACCCAAUUAAGGUUAUUUUGUUCUUAAA